UGUUUCCCAUAUUACCAGAUGUUUUCAGAUCUGAAAAUGAAAGCAAAGCAUAUGCUUUAUCAUGCCAUUAUUUUCCCUGAUGAUACCUGUGACAUCAUCCCUCAACUUUGGCAAACAAGGACCAGGUUUCUGCAAAGGUUAAGAAGCUCAAGAAGAGUAGUGAUGUGGCCACUACUGAUUAUGAAAAAAGAAAGAGACCUCAUUAUCUGGAGAGAGGAAGCCAAAAAAAGCAUCUUCCUAAGUGACAACGCAAGUCACCUUCUAUCCCAUAUCCACCUUCAUCUGAAGCUGAGGAUGAAGAUGAUGGUGACUCACUGAGCAGCUCAUUUGUAUUUGAGCCAUCUGAUGAGGAGGAGGAAGUCACUAAACUCAAAGCUGUAACUUCAAUCCCUUGGCUUGGCUCCAAAGCCAAUAAAUUGUUGCCAUCAUCUUCCUCAACACAAACACAUUCCAAUCCCUCUUGUGCAAGUUUCUGGAGCACUUCUGGCCUGAUAAAAGUCCAUGCUUCAAAGCGUAUUCUUGAGCCAAUUCUCAAUUCUCCUCGUCCAUCACAGCAACCAAGUCUCUCAAAACCAUCUUGUGAGUUACUGGUCUGUAAUUUUGAAGCACCUGAGAGAUGUUCAACAUUCCUAAGCAGCCUUCACAAUCUAAUGUGGAACUUGAAUUUUUACAUGUGGUAUGUGAAUUCAUCAAUUUCUCAUUCUUUAUUUGCUUUUCUGGUACUUGUGAGUGCACCUGUCACAGCAUUUUGUUGGCCAUGAUGAAGGAUGUCAAGCACGAACAAGGACAAAGGUUAAUUGUGAUGGAGCUACAAGUCCAGUCACUAAUUAAUCACUUUGGCCUCAGGAGUAAAACCUCUUCCUUUGUGGGUAAUGUGAAUCUCAGAUUUAAAACACCAGAAGAAAUGUCACUGUUCUCCAAUUGCAUCAAAGCAGACAAGGAGUAUCGAGAAGAAUCAAUUGCUAUUCUGCCAUCUACUAUCUGAAAUCUGGAAGGGAAGAAAGCAGUCUCAACUCUCAUGCAUCGACUCAUGGAUGAUGGAGCUGCCCUUCACUUUGCUUGCAAGUCCACAAGACACAAGGAGAAGCAGGCCCUUACAGAACUGGGCAUCUUUGACCUCAUAUCAAAAGCCAUUGAUUGCAGUGAGAAAGCUGCUUCCAUGUCUCAACAGGAGAGAACCAUCUUUGUUGGUGACUGGCUUCGUCAGGCUAAGCAGCACCUUCAUCAGAAGGAAUGUGCACAAUUGUGAUUUGUUGUGAUUCACUUGUUCAAAACUGAUUUUCAAGAAGAAUAAAUAAAAAAUUAUGAAUCCUU